UCCUAGCUCCAGACAACAGAUUCGGAUUAAGCACGCAUUGAUGGAUCGGAAGGGAAGGGGUUUCCCCUGUAGCUGCAUAGUCAUGGAGCCGGAGAGAAUUGGUGCUGAUGAUGAGUGCAAUAGAUUGAAUGAACAGCACUGAAGAGACUUAUUGAAGUCAGAAUAAAUGAAAGCUCAAGAAGAGAGAAAGCAGGAGACAAAUAAAUGAGAAAGCAAGUGGCAGAUCAGAAGCAGCAGGGGGAGGAGGUAGCGAAAUCAAAACAGCAGAGGGUGAGGGAGGAAGGGAGGAGGAUGCAACAGCCACUUGACGGUGAGUGGAAAGAUGCAAAUACCCCAAAAGAGGAGGACCGAAGUAAAAAAUGUGGGAGGAGUGCAAUUGAUACUGGUGUCUUUGAUGAUCUGGCAUGGGAGGUCGAAUGUACAGAACAGGUUUGGAAGUUCCUCCUUGCAAAUAAGCAAGUUCCUCACAACUUGAAGGAGAUUGCCAUCCGGAAGAUUCAGACCUUAGCCAGUGGUGACUGGCGCAGUAAUCUAUGCAAGCCCUUGGAGGGCAUACCCAAGCAAUGUGACAUCAAGCUGUACGAGGCCAAGUUGACCAAAGCGAGCCGGAUAUUGUGGGAAUUGGCCGUCGUGUUCUCUCGUCGGAUCACCAACAGCUCUCAGUAUGAGAAGCUGCUUGUGUCAGAUGCAGAACUCAAUGGAGCUUACUACUCGGAGGUUAUUCGCGUAUGGGAGAUAGUACUCGACCACUCAAAGGUCACUCAUGCCAUGGACAACAUCGUGCAGGCAGUGAAGCGUGGCAGGGAAUGUAAAAUCCACAAAACUCUGAUUGGAGUGGGCAAAAGAAAGACAGCAGGGGGUGUCAGAGACACCAACCUGCGCCUCCCUACUUGCUUCAGGGAGGUUCCCUCCUCUCAGGAUAGGGAUGGUGACAAGACUUCUCUGCAGUGGUAUCCUCCUGCAUUGCCAAAUAAGGAUGAGCACCAAAUCAUGAAGUUCUAUUCCUUCACAUCCAUGCUGGUCAGUGCUGUGCUAAACGACAGUCAUGUUGAGGUGGAGUUUCCUUUCCAAGUAACCGAGCUGGAGCACGCCAUUAUCAACCUACAGCCCAGGCCAACGUCCUCCAUCUUGCUGCUGGGACGAAGUGGAACAGGUAAAACGACAUGCUGUCUCUAUCGUAUGUGGACAAAAUUUGUCAAAUACUGGCAGAAAGCGUCUGAAAUUAAGGAACCAUGGAUUCCCAGGGAUUGUGCAUUCAUGCAUCUAGAUGAAGCAGAAGGAGUCAAAGAAGCAUUUGCAUCCAGUGAGCUUGCCUCUCCACUAGGUUCCUCCAACUCCUCAUACAUUGAUCACCUCCACCAGAUCUUCAUCACCAAGAACCAGAAGUUGCGCGAUGCAGUGCAGCGAAGCUUCUGCAACAUGGCCCGUGGCUGCCCGUUUGCCGCUGAGCCUGUGGCCCAGCUGAACAGGUCCAUCCCUCCCCGCCUUCAGGAUGCUCACCAGGCACAGUUCCCUUUGUUCCUGACCUCGCGCCAGUUCCUCCUGCUUCUCGAUGCUUCACUGCCAAAUCCUUACUUCCCACAAGGGGCAGACGGCUCACCAAGUGAGGGAUCAAAUGAUGCUUGUACACCUGCAGGUCGACGGCAUAGAAACCACAGAGGUCAAAUAGUGGAGAGGUCUAAGUUUGCUCCACGGAGUGAGGUCACCUACAAAGUCUUUGCCAAUGAGCUGUGGCCACGUAUCAAUAAACAGAAGUUGAAGUGCCACCCGACAUUGGUUUGGAUGGAGAUUACAUCAUUCAUCAAGGGCUCCUUCGAGGCAUUACAAUCAGAUUCUGGAUAUCUAUCCCUUGAAGAGUACUUGGAUCUUGGUAAAAAGAUGGCACCAAACUUUACCACAGACAGGGAACAAAUCUACAACAUCUUCAAGUUGUACAUGCGUGAGAUCCAGCAGAAGAAUCGCUUUGAUGAAGGAGACCUUGUGUUCCAUGUGUACCGUCGUUUGUGUGACGUCAAGACACUUGAUUGGGCCAUCCAUGAGUUUUAUGUAGACGAGACUCAAGACUUCACUCAGGCUGAGUUGGCUCUGCUGAUACAGUGUUCUCAGGAUCCAAAUUCACUCUUCUUGACAGGAGAUACUGCCCAGUGCAUCAUGCGAGGAGUAGCCUUCCGAUUCAAAGAUCUAAAAUCACUCUUCCAUUAUGCUAACAAGUCUGCCAAGGCUCUCGGCAAGCCCACGGCUGCGACUGUCCCCAAGAAAGUCUACCAUCUCACAAUCAACUACAGGUCUCACUCUGGAAUUCUGAACUUGGCUGCUGCUGUUUUGGAACUGAUGAGCCACUUUUUCCCCUUGUCUUUUGAUCGUCUGGUGCCUGACCAAGGAUUGUUUGCCGGCCCACUUCCUGUGAUUCUGGGGUCCAGCAAUGUCCAUGAUCUUCCAUCGCUGCUGAGGAAACGUGAGGAUGACGAGACAUCUGAGAUUGAGUUCGGUGCUGACCAGGUGAUUUUGGUUGCCGAUGAUUCAGCGAAACAACCAGAAGUGCUAGCCAAGGGCGUCGUUAUGACCAUAAGUGAAGCCAAAGGAUUGGAGUUUAAUGAUGUCCUACUCUACAACUUCUUCAAAGAUUCACUUGCAGACAGGGAAUGGCAAGUAGUCACUGGUUUCCAACUCGGUAACCUUCAUGAUCAGCAUAGGAAAGGUUUGAAGGAAACUGAACUUGAUUGGCUGUUGCCUACCAAGCGGCCACAUGGUCUGGACUUCAGUCCUGAUAAGCACAAGGUACUUAAUUCAGAGCUUAAGUAUUUGUACACUGCCAUCACGAGGGCGCGAAAUGAGGUCUGGAUCUUUGAUGAAGACAGGACAAAACGAGCGCCGAUGUUUGAGCUACUUUGUUCUAAUGGUUUGGGAGAAGUGAAGAGACCUGAAGAUUUAACAAAGGGGUGUGACAGAGGAUUUGUAAAAUCUUCCAGCCCAUCUGAAUGGAUUGAAAGAGCCAACUACUACAUUGAGAACAACUGUUGGAAGGCAGCAGAGAAGUGCAGAGAGCUUGCCGCGCACGCUGAAAAGAAGCAACAGGAACGAGACGGGGCCCAAAAUGCAGUGCCUGCUAAAACGAAGCAACAGGAACAGAUUACGUCUACGAAUAAAGCUGCUUCAAGUAAGGAAGAGUCACAGCGCGAGGAGUGGAUCAGGAAAGGUGACAAAUAUUGUGAAGAAAAACAGUGGAAGAAAGCCAUCAGGUGUUACCAGCGGGCAGGUGAUGUUGAAAAGCAGCAGUAUGCCUCGCAUAUGGCCAAGAGGACAAAGGAAGUUGGUAAACAAACCCAUGCAGUGAAAGAGGCGACCAUGCAAGCGGCCCGCUGGUUCCUGCUUCAGAAGUGUGACUGCAAGAGGAUUCUAUCUUGGAAUUGGAUCAUAGGCGAAUGUGAAAAUCAUAACUGGAAGCUGGAAACUUACCAGACAAUUGUGAAGGAGCUGAACGAUCUCCAAGAUACCGUGGAUGAGCUCUGCGAGGUCGCAAAGUUUGGAAAGGCAGAAAGGGCACUCCAAGAUAAAGAGUGGGAAAUCCUCACAAAGAUUGACCAGACCAAAGUAAAGUUUUUGGAUGACUGCAGCAAGAAACAGAGUCGAACGUGGUGGUGGCAUCUGAUUCGACUCCUUGCGUAUCUCAGAAUUUUUGACAAGGAAAGGUUACAUAAAGCAGAGAGGAUCAUAGCGGUUGAUGGGAACUUUGACCAAGGGCAGCAAAAUGGAACCUCCAAGCGUGGUGGGAAAGUUUACAAACUGCAACAAGCUGUCUGCGAGAAGGUCAUCGAAUCGGCCGAGUGGUUCCUGCGUCAAAAAUGCCAUUGCAGAAUGACCAAACCGUGGUGCUGGAUUCCAGGCUACUGCCAAAAUCAUAACUGGAAUGUGGAAACUUUCCAGUUAUUUGAGGGCCAGCUGAAUGAUCUUCAAGAGGAGGUUGAUAAACUCCGAGGGGAAGCAGAGUUUGGAAAGGCAGAAAGGAUACUCAAAGAGAAGCAAGCUGUAUUGCUGAUGCAGAUCAAACAAGAUAAGAAGUUAGUGACUAACCUCACCAAGAAAGGUCACCAAAAUCUCAGGUUUCGUCAAGUGCUACCAUCCUGGCAAAGGUCAAAGUUGUCACACAACAAUUUUCAUUACCAGGAUCUCUUUGUCUUCGUCCUACUUGUGAUUAUGAUCCUGAAAUUUUUAGACGAUAACAAUGUGGAGUGGCAAUUACGAGUACCCUACAUGAUCUUUCUAGUCUCGUUUUUCCUCGGGAAGAAAAAAAGGAAACCAAUUAGAUAAACAUUUUGUCACUGCACAGUUGAUCCUGACUUCAGGGCUUGAAACCACCACUCUUCAAGUUGAAGACUCCAUCUUUAUGCCCGGCCCUGAAGGGGAAUACUGUUUCUACACAUGACUUUGUGUGCUUUGGCCAGCUCUGUAUUGAUGGGAAGAUUUCUUUUCAGAACCAGAGUUGUGGGGAGAAAAAUUUUUCCCCCAAAAAGGUGUCCCCAUAAUCUUUUAACACAGCUGUAGUCCGCACAGCUUGGUAGCCAAUUUGCGUGUGCUAGAGCGUGCAAUUAGUUUUCCCACAAUAACUCAAGAAGGCCUUGAGAUCUAAUAAACUUGGUAUGCAAAUUAGUCUGGUUAUCCUCCAGAUACUGAUUGUGAACCAAAAGGUCAGAGGUCAAGUUCAUUAUAAUUUCAACCAUUGUCCCACCAUAAGGUAUGUGGACCUUGUGUCCUCUUUGAACUUUCAACAUGGCUCAUUGGUUGGUGGUAGUCUCCAAUAGAAGCCAUUAGACGCCAUAGGUCAAAAUUGUUGUUAUAAUUUUUUUUCAGCAUAUAUAAAGAAAAAGUUUAAAUCAAUUUAUAAGCUAGUAUGUACAAGUACAUGCAUGUUGGCUUUCCAAGUAGGAUUAUGUAGGAUUCCAAGGUCAGUGUUGGACCCUAAGGCGAUAAUGUUAAAAGUUAAAAAAUCAAAUAAUUAGAAAAUCAAAAAGAAAUACAUGUAAUGCCGUUACAGCUCUUGUAAUAUCCAGUAUAUUGUCAUGAAACAUGAUAGAUCAAGUCUACCAUUAUUACUUUGUGUUUGUUCAAAGGAUCUAUCCAUGUUCAUGCUAUAAAAGACUUGCCAUCGGAAGUGCUGCAAAUAACUUAUAUUGUGGAGUUAUAUACACAUAAACUAGACAAUACCGAAUGGAGAUCCCUUAUGACCCAGGUUUUAUCAUGUCCUGGGAAUGCUAGGGUAGUGGGGCUUUGGUGUUUGAAAUAUAAAAAGGGCAAUACCCUUCCCAAAAUAUGAACUGGAAACGUUCUCAUUUUGUUUUGUCAGGGUAGAUUUGUAUAAAUUGAAUGGAUGCGUAAUAUCAAACUGUCAAAGCAUGAUUUGUGUUCCAGAGGUAGUGUUAAGGUUGGAACUGAUAGAGAUAUGUAGAACUUUAUGAAGUCUCUUUUUAGUUCCAGUAGUAGCACUAUUUUUCCGCUGACAGUAACCUGGUAAUGGUCAAAAUGAUUGAAUAAACACAUUCCUCCUCAAAAUCGCAGAAUUUUUCAAACCUUAUAAUUAAAUGCAAGUCGAUUUCCUAUUGACUAUUAGAGAAAAGGACAUUCUGGUGAUUAUGCUGAUAUAGUUACCAUUAUACCUCAAUUUAGCUGUGGUUAAUCCUAUCACGGCUAGGGACAAUGGCUACCUACAAUGGUUUUGCCAGAUCUGACCUGGCUGUUUGAGUGUGAUUUUUAGUAUUUUUACACUAACUAGAGUUCUCUGAAAAUUUAUUAAACAUUAAUUUCUUGAGUCUUCCAAUUGCAAAAGCUAAGAGAGUAGAUCUGAAAUGGGAGAACAGAAUGUUUACAUCAGGAUACCGAAGAUGAAUCUAACCCUUACAUAUACACCUUCUGUGAAGGAUGGCCUUUCGAAGCUGUAAUAGUUGUGUAACAAUUUCAUCAAUUUGAAAUGUCUGUGCAAGUGUGUGCUUGGAAGCAAAAAUCCUCGAUGAGAAAAUAUUUAAUCAUUUAUAACAUGCAUUUUUAUAACCUCAGAACAGGGAUUCGAGUCAAACUCUUAUGAAAAUCCCUAAAUCCUGAAAUUUGAGUGUAUUUUUUCAACUUUUGAACACUGUUUAUAGCAUAUUGUUUCAUCUUCGAGAUGUUUCGCAGUAUGCCUAUUGCCUAAUGACAUACUUUUUUAAUUUCAAGUUUUUUAAGUAGUGUUUUGAAAUUUUUCUUAAAAUAUAAUGGAUGAAAACCUUGUUCUUGUCGCAUGUAAUCUUGAUAAAAAGGCUGAUAAACCUCAGAAAAGAAGUGUGGAACCCAAAAAGAAACAAGUUUUCACUGAAAUUCUAUUUUGAAUAUCACUCAAGAACAACGGGUUAAAGAUUAUUUCAUAAUAAUUUUAGAUGUUUCUCAAAUAGGGCUAUUUUACAUCAGGGGCAAGCUGAUAGAAAUAAAACGAAUUCAGAGAACUGAUAAAGUCA